UCAGAUCCGAUUAUUGUCGUCUGGGAAACUACUUCCGGUUUGGUUUUGUUGUAAUUCGCAAAUAUGGCAGGAUUUACCAACAGCUCAUGUUGGAGCACUCCAGAGGUUUAUAAACAUCAUGAGCAGCAAAAGAUUUGCCCCUCACGACCGAAGUAUAGAGAAGGGAGAAGACUUAAAGCAGUUAAGGUGUACACCAUCAACUUGGAGUCUCGUUACCUGAUGUUGCAAGGAGUCCCAGCCAUCGGGGUGAUGACAGAACUGAUCGAGCUCUCUGCGCUGUACGGGGUUGUGGAGGAGUACAGGGUGCUGGAUGAGUACCCUGCAGAGCAAUUCACAGAGGUCUACCUCAUCAAGUUCCAGAAACUCACCAGUGCAAGGGCGGCCAAACGGCACAUGGAUGAGAAGAGUUUCUUUGGAGGUUUACUACAUGUGUGCUAUGCCCCAGAGUAUGAGACGGUGGAGGACACCAGACUAAAGCUGCAAGACAGGAGACGAUAUGUGAACAGGACAACUCAAAAUAAAAGUACAGCAAAGGAACAGGACCACGGGGAGGAAGAGGGCAAAAAGCCCAUGUCUUCAGAUGCAGUUGCUACCACAGCCAGGACUUCCUCGGGUGAUGAUCAGAGAUCCAGUGAUACCAGCAAUAAGGGAGAGACUUCGAGUACCAGCCAAGGCCAUUAUUUAGGAUUUCCUUUAUUGCCUUUACCCCCACAGGAGUUUCUUCCUUACAGACAUGCCCCAUCUUAUGAUCGGUUGUAUAGUUAUCAGGCAAACCAAUGCAGGACUAUUCCAACAGAGGACAAAAUGGGGUCAUUGCAUAAUGCCAUAAAUACUAAACAGCAGCUGGCACCCAACAUAAGCAGCGUUCCCUCCUCUUCUGGGGGAGACAGAGGAAUAGUGAAAAGACUGAGUAAGAAUCCACCCCCUGCAGCACCCCCAAGAUUCGUACCGAGGACCACACAUUUGGAGAACAGAAAACGGAAAAUAGUAGAAACUAAUAAAGACUCACUUUUUGGCUUUGUGGACAAAAAUGAAAUCCUCAUUGGACCAAAACUACCAGACCGGCCUAAGAUGGAUAUGGCGGACGAGUCAUUGAACAUAACAGCCAACAUGAUCAGAAAUACAUUGAAAAAGGUUGCAUCAGUUCCUGAAGUCAAGCCAACAGAGAAGAAGACAAAGUCAGCAAAGCCUCGGAGGAGAAUCUAACAGACCUGUCCUGAAAGACUGCUUCUCACAGGGAAUGAGGUGGACAUUAGCAAGUUCUUACAUUUCCACCAUUCAAACGGAACUUCAUAUUUUCUCAACAUGUUUUAUUUAUACAUUUCCCAUCAGUGUAUGAGCAGAUUUUUGUUUAUAAAAAAUAAAAAAUGGUGUUAUGAAUAACUUA